GCGCGGCAGCAGGAAACGGGGCGGGGACUCGCGGAGGCGUUGGGGAGCGAGGGAGGGCGCGGCCAACUCCCGGAGGGACGGCAGGCCGAGACAGCGGCGCCCGGGUCUGGCGCCGAGACUGAGCCCGCCGGACGGGAGGCGGCCCAGCCGCGGGCUCGGCCUCGGCCCCAGUCCCGCCAGCAUGGCCGGCCGGACCGUGCGGGCCGAGACCCGGAGCCGGGCCAAGGAUGACAUCAAGAAGGUGAUGGCGACCAUCGAGAAGGUCCGGAGAUGGGAGAAGCGCUGGGUGACUGUGGGCGACACUUCCCUUCGUAUCUUCAAGUGGGUGCCAGUGGUGGACCCCCAGGAGGAGGAGCGACGGAGGGCAGGUGGCGGGGCAGAGAGAUCCCGAGGCCGGGAGCGGCGGGGCAGGGGCGCCAGUCCCCGAGGGGGUGGUCCUCUCAUCCUGCUGGAUCUCAAUGAUGAGAACAGUAACCAGAGUUUCCAUUCGGAAGGCUCCCUGCAAAAGGGCACCGAGCCCAGCCCUGGGGGCACCCCCCAGCCCAGCCGCCCUGUGUCACCUGCUGGACCACCAGAAGGGGUCCCCGAGGAUGCUCAGCCCCCACGGCUGGGCCAAGAGAGAGAUUCCGGGGGCAUAAAUGCAGGCAGCACCGAUGAACCCCCAAUGCUGACCAAGGAGGAGCCCGUUCCGGAGUUGCUGGAGGCUGAGGCCCCUGAAGCUUACCCCGUCUUUGAGCCAGUGCCACCUGUCCCCGAGGCAGCCCAGGGUGACACAGAGGACUCGGAGGGCGCCCCCCCACUCAAGCGCAUCUGUCCAAAUGUCCCUGACCCCUGAGAAGCCGGCCUGCCUGUCCUGUCGUCCCAAGGGCCCCUUUGGCUUUUUACAAAUAAAGACCCUUUUGUAA